UGGGUGUCAGCAGACUGGGUGGGGGAAAAUGGGGCGGGGAGGAAACAAGCUGGCCGCGGGGAAAGAAAGUCCAACCUCUCCUGGCUUUCGUCGGUCCCGGCAAGUUUGACCCAGGCUAGGCACCGAUAAGCCGGCUCCCGGGGCUUCGUGAGGCAGACUGUGGAAUCGCAGGCUCUCGGUCGCAGGCCUGGGCAGCACCUGCAGCACUGGGUGGAGUUCUUCAGUCUCCCUCUGGUCAAGCUCACCAUCCAGGCUAGUCCAAACCCGGAAACCUCGCCCACCUCCCAGCCCUGUCAUCAGUCAGUUCUUGAUCGCUGCUGCCCCCAGCAUCCCCACAGCCCCUAAAGUGUGCACUAGACCCCCCCUUCCAACCUCCUCCCCAGGAGUCUGUGACAGAGAUGCAGCUGCUCCUUCUCCUGUCCCUCCUGCUGCUGCUGGCCUCCACGCCAGGGUCUUGGGCUCAAAAUGUGAGGCGCCAGAGCGACACCUGGGGCGCCUGGGGCGAGUGGAGCCCCUGCAGCCGGACCUGUGGAGGAGGCAUCAGCUUCCGGGAGCGCCCUUGCUACUCCCAGAGGAGAGACGGAGGCGCCAGCUGCGUGGGCCCUGCACGCAGCCACCGCACCUGCCACACGGAGAGCUGCCCAGACAGCGUGCGGGACUUCCGGGCAGAGCAGUGUGCAGAAUUCGAUGGCACCGACUUCCAGGGUCGGCGCUACCGGUGGCUGCCCUACUACGCAGCCCCCAAUAAGUGUGAGCUGAACUGCAUUCCCAAGGGGCAGAACUUCUACUUCAAGCACAGGGACGCUGUGGUGGACGGGACACCCUGUGAACCCGGCAAACGAGACAUCUGUGUGGAAGGCGUCUGCCGAGUCGUUGGCUGUGAUCACAAGCUGGACUCAACCAAGCAAGAGGACAAGUGUCUGCAGUGUGGGGGCGAUGGUUCGUCCUGCUACCCAAUCACAGGAACCUUUGAUGCCAAUGAUCUCAGCAGAGGUUACAACCAGAUCUUCAUCAUUCCUGCUGGGGCCACUAGUAUUCACAUCGAGGAAGCUGAUGCCAGCAGGAAUUUCCUGGCCGUGAAGAGCAUCCGCGGCGAGUACUACCUCAAUGGGCACUGGACCAUUGAGGAAGCCCAGGCUCUUCCGGUGGCCAGCACAGUCCUACAAUACGAACGGGGUGUGGAGGGAGACCUGGCUCCUGAGCGGCUCCAGGCACGGGGUCCCACCUCGGAGCCCCUAGUCAUCGAGCUCAUCAUCCAGGAAUCCAACCCCGGAGUACACUACGAGUACUACCUGCCCGUGAACGACCCCGGCCGAAGCUUUAGUUGGAGCUACGGCUCCUGGGGUGACUGCAGCGCUGAAUGCGGUGGAGGUCACCAGUCCCGCCUGGUAUUCUGCACCAUCGACAACGAGGCCUAUCCGGACCACAUGUGCCAACACCAGCCUCGGCCAGCCCACCGACGUUCAUGUAACACUCACCCUUGUCCAAAGACCAAGCGCUGGAAAGUAGGACCAUGGACGCCCUGCUCAGUCUCCUGUGGGGGUGGAUUCCAGUCUCGCUCUGUCUACUGCGUGUCCUCAGAUGGCACUGGUGGCCAGGAAGCUGCUGAGGAGACCCAGUGUGCUGGCCUAGCUGGGAAACCCCCUACCACACAGGCAUGCAACCUGCAGCGCUGUGCAGUCUGGAGCGUGGAGCCCUGGGGAGAGUGCUCAGUUACAUGUGGAGCUGGCAUCAGGAAGCGGAGUGUCACAUGCCGAGGGGACGAAGACUCUCUGGUCCACCCCGCAGCAUGCUCCUUGAAGGACCAGCCAACCCUCACAGAGCCCUGUGUGCGAGAGGCCUGUCCUGGGUUCCGUGGCCAGGCCUGGCAUGUCGGCUCGUGGAGUCUAUGCUCUAAAAGCUGUGGUUCCGGCAUUCGGAGACGGCAGGUCGUUUGUACCAUUGGGCCGCCCGGUCGCUGUGUGGACCUGCAGUCGUCCAAACCUGCAGAGGUAGAAGCCUGCAACAGACAACCCUGCCAUCUCCCUCAGGAGGUCCCUAGUAUACAGGACUCGAGGACCCACCCCUCAGACCGCAGGAUGCUGUCAGGCCCCCAAGUGUCUCCCGUUGCAGAUGCCAGAGACCAGCAGUGGGCUACCCUGGAGAGACCCAGGGCUCAGAGUAACCCCAGAGAGGGUCAGGACUCCCACCUGUCAUCUGCAGGCCGGGCCCCAACCCUGCAGCAUCCGCCACACCAGCCACCCCUGAGGCCUAGCUCAGGGGCCCGUGACUGCAGACACAGCCCCCAUGGGUGCUGCCCUGAUGGCCACACACCAUCUCUUGGGCCACAGUGGCAAGGCUGUCCCCUGGCUGGGGCCUCAUGUCUUAAGAGCAGGUACGGAUGCUGCCCUGACGGAGUGUCUGCAGCUAAGGGGCCCCAACAGGCUGGUUGUACCAGGUCUCACAGCAGUGACAAUACUGGAAACAGGCCAGGGUCCAGGGCAGUAGUUUCCAAGGACCCCAAGAUCCACCAAUCUCAGGCCCAUCCAAGCGAGAUCAGCGAGUGUCGAAGCUCUCAGUUUGGCUGUUGCUAUGACAAUGUGGCUUUUGCAGCUGGUCCUCUGGGGGAAGGCUGUGUGGGUCAGCCCAGCUAUGCCUACCCAGUGCGGUGUCUGCUGCCCAGUGCUCAAGGUUCGUGUGGAGACUGGGCUGCCCGUUGGUACUUUGUGGGAUCAGUGGGCCGGUGCAACCGCUUUUGGUAUGGCGGUUGCCACGGGAACGCCAAUAACUUUGCUACGGAGCAGGAAUGCAUGGACACCUGCCGGGGGCAGCAUGGGCCCCGCCGCCCUGAGGCAGGAGCAGCUGGACAUCGUGUCCACAUGGAUGGUGGUCAACGUGGUCCCGGAGGCCAGCAGGAACCUGAUUGGCACAGGAUAGAAGCCACAGUCCCGAGACUGCCCUCACCUUCUGGAAGCCCUUGGUCGAGAGAACAAGAGCCUGGACCCGGGCAGGCGCCACACAUCCCAGCCCAGGGGAAACGGCCCAGAGUCCCUGGACUGGAUAGAGAUGCUAGGCCACCAGUGCGGCCUACGCACAGCCCCUCCUACAGGAUCAACUUGGCAGACUCGGAACCGUCCCUGGUACAGGCAGCUCCAGGGCAGGCGGUCCAACUCUUUUGCCCUGGCAACAUCCCCCCGGAAUUCCAGGCAGGGUGGCAGAAAGAGGGCCGGCCCAUCUCCUCUAACAGGUACCAGCUACAGGCAGAUGGCUCCCUCAUCAUCAGCCCCUUGAGGCCAGAAGAUGCUGGCAUCUAUAGCUGUGGCAGCCAGAGGUCAGGCCAUGAGCCCCAGAAGAUACAGCUUCGAGUCACAGGGGGUGACAUGGCAGUGUUGUCUGAGGUCCAGCCGAGGCAUUUCCCUGAGACCAGGAAUCCAGACCCUGGUCACAGUCCUCAGAACCGUGGAAUAGGAGUGGGAGCUGAGGGCCACAGGGUUCUCUCUUCCUCACACCCUAGGCCUGCCACAAGGCUACGUCUGGACCGGACUCAGCCUGGAGUGAUAGAUGCCAGUCCUGGCCAGCAGAUCCAGCUCACCUGCCAUGCUGAAGGCUUCCCAGUCCCCACCAUUGAGUGGCAAAGAGAUGGGCAGCUGGUCUCUUCUCCCAGGCACCAGGUGCAGCAUGAUGGCUCUCUGGUCAUCAGCCGAGUGACUGUGGAAGAUGGUGGCUUUUACACCUGUGUUGCUUUUAAUGGGCAUGACCGAGACCAGCGCUGGGUCCAGCUCAGAGUUCAGAGGGAGCUGACAAUCACAGGCCUGCCUCCUGCCAUGACGGUGCCAGAGGGUGACACUGCCAGGCUUCUGUGUGUGGUGGCUGGAGACAGUGUGAACAUUAGGUGGUCCAGGAACGGACUGCCAAUACAGGCUGAUGGCCACCGUGUGCACCAGUCCCCAGAUGGCACACUGUUGAUCCACAACUUGCGGCCCAGGGACGAAGGCUCUUACACAUGCAGUGCCUUCCGUGGGAGCCAGGCUGUGAGCCGCAGCACUGAGGUGAAGGUGGCUCUCCCAGCAGCACCGGCCGCACAGUCCAGGGACCUAGGCAAGGACUGCAUCGACCAGCCGGAGCUGGCCAACUGUGCGCUGAUCCUGCAGGCCCAGCUCUGUGGCAAUGAGUAUUACUCCAGCUUCUGCUGUGCCAGCUGCUCCCGCUUCCAGCCGAACGCCCAGCCCGGUUGGCAGCAGGGAUGAAGGCUGGCUGUGCACCAGUUCUGGAUAGUUUGCUGGGAGAAGGGAUGGUAAGACAUGGCUUGCAGAGGGAGUCAUCUUUCAGAUAUCCAGGGUUGAGCCCCAGCAGCUGCCAGUGCUGGCCUCCCCUCUAGUGCUCAGCAGUGUCUGCCUGAUGUGACCACGGGCUGCUGUGAGAAGAGGAACCCUUUACACCUUCCCUCUCUAGUUUCUGCUGCAUCGAGGACCUUUUAUCCGAAAUGCUUUGGACCAAAGUGUUUUAAACUUGUAGACUUUACUAAUUGAGCAUCCCUAACCUACGAUUCUGAAUUGCUCUGAAGCUUGAAGCACCCAAAUGCCAUGUCAGCCUUCAAAACUGUCUGGGUUUCAAAGCACGCUUGGUUUUGGGUGAGGGAUGCUCAAUUUGUCCUGAGGAUCUACUCACCACUGUAGAGCAGCUGGGUGGGAUGUCUGUGACGGGAGGGAGUGGGGACUGCUCUGUGGGUCAGUGGGGAGCAGUCACUCAGGCCUUUUCAUCUUCCUGGCAGUGGCACAGCCGCCUUCACCACCAUCGCUGUGGAGCUCACAGUGUAAGCUUGGGAAAGCACUCAGCAAGGCAGAAUAACCACCAGGCCUCAGUGCAGGGAGGCGGGAUGGAAAACCAGAGAGCCUGAUAAUCUGUGUGUCUCUGUGAAAAACUGGGAAAGAACUACACUGCAGGGACACAACCUCCAGGGGUUCCUGAGAGGCAGGCUGGGAAGGUUCACAGCUUAUGCAGCUAACUGGCCUGCUCAGAGUAGGAAAGAGCCAUCUUCCUUCGGUAGGAAGCUGUGGAACAUACUUGUUGCUAGAAAGAAUCAAGACUGUGCUGGGGCCUGGUGAGAUGGCUCAGUGGUUAUGGCACUCAGUGCCAAACCUGAUGGCCGGACUAUGUUCUCUGCAACCACCCUGGUGGAAGGCAGAACUGAAUCAGGCCAGCUGGGACUGCCACGCGCAUGUGUGCACACAACGGUAUAACUGUAAAGUCUCUAGAACAGCAGCUGGGAAUGGUGGUGCAUGCCUACAAUCUCAGUGCUUGGGAGGCUGGGCCAGCGUGAGAUCCUGCCUCAGAGUAAACAACCCUCAGAACUCAGCAUUAGCGGGAUGUGGGUGCACUGUGACAAUCAGGGCAGUGGUUUUAGUAGUCUGAGCUGUAGGAAGGCAUCCUUUAUCUUUUAGAAUUCUGAUUUCUUACUGCUCAAGAAAGAGGCUAGGAUUUAAUGAGCUUCCAGGGCUCUUCCCAUUUUAACUUCUGUCACUCCUCUGGAAGACCAUCUAGAGCCGGUCUAAUAACAUAGGUUACUCUGAGACCAAAGUUUGGACAUUGGCCAGAAUACAAAGCUUCAUGUGUUUAUGCCGUCUCCAGCCAUUUUGCUCAAGAAGAGAGCUAAGGAAUAUCUGGGUGCCAGAUAUUUUUGUUUGCAGGUAGAAGCAGGGGCUAAACUGGGAGGUGAGGGAUGAACUGUUCUAGGUCAGAGUCCUGAACCUCAUUCUACACAGAGCACAUAAGUGACUUUUCAGGCUAAAGCACAGCUUGGUAGCCUUCCUCUCCCCACUGAUAUUCUGAUUUAUUGGCCUUAUGAGUAGGCCAGAUAUUAUAGGUGAUGUGUGAACAUGCCUGUGUGUGCACUGGGGAUCUCAUGCAUGUAAGCAUGUUCCACUGAGCUACGCCUUGGGUAAUUCCAAGCUAAGACUGAGAAGCAGGGCUGUCAGGCACAGUGGUACACGUCUUUAACCCCAGCAUUUGAGAGACAUAGGUAGGUGGAUCUCUGAGCUCAAGGCCAGCCAGGGCUACACAGUGAGACCCUGUCUCUGCACACACAGCUCCACUCUACCCUUGGGUUGGGGCUUCUUGGUGUCGUCUAUACUACUGCUGUAGAUCAAAUUCUGAGUGCCAAAGAUCCCAGUCAAACCCAUGAAAUUUAAGGAUAUACUAAUCCAAAAAAGCUAGAAAUCAGCAGUAGAGAGAGAAUUAGGUCAAAAACUAGAACUAUAAACUCAUUUGCAAGUAAGAACAGCCCUUCAUGGGCAGAAGCUCUACCACGAACAUUUAUUCUAUUAAAGCAGAUUGUAAAUUUUCAUCAGUACAAAUAUAUAUAUAUAUAUAUAUGUAUGUAUAUAUAACUUACAUUUGAUUGUAAGGCCAACGUCCGAAAGUAAAAAUGAGAUGGGACCUCAUGUUGUUACCCACUGUCAAGUAGCUGCAUGGCAUGGGAUGUUCUGUUCAUGGUGGGGCAGAAGGGACACAGACAGAGCACAUCCCUGUGAAACUUACAGCAAUGAAACUUCAAGGACAGAACCCAUUAAGACCCACAUUACAAACCAACACAAUAGCAUUCCCUUUUCUGGAUAUGAUUAUGUCAUUGUCACCUUAAUGCUAGAGGAUUAACAUAAGAAAAUUGCAAUGAUACACAAAGAUUCAACACAUUCCCUAGAGCGUAGAUUGAUUCCAUUAAAAUAACGUUAGAAUCUCACAUCUGAAACCAGGACAACACUACUCUCUCAUUGUAUCAGAAGUGCUGCCUAGCGACCGCGCUGGUCAUCAGUAGAUUGGUUUGCAAUGUGCUACUCAGUUAACGAUGAGUGAUCACAAAGAAGCCAGGCUCCGCCUACAACUUCCAGCCCUUCCUCCUUUUCCUUCCAUAGGCGUCAAUGAUAAAUCAAUCUUAUGUACAGUCUCUUAUGUCUAAUCCACGCACUUUUGGCAAGAUUACUUACAACUCAUACAGCUUUUAAUAUUGAGAACUAUUUAAAAUAUUCUAGGUGCAUAAAAAUAAAGAUUUUGGCUUUUUUGAUAUAUAUA